AUGGUUGAUCAUGACGACCGACUUCAGCCCCCGUCUAUGACACCGAAUGACACAGUAUCCGCCUCAAGGCAGUCACUUACUGGCAGGCUAACUGGGAAGAAUCAGAUGCAGCUUGGAAUUCCACAGAAUGAGCCCACUGCCGCUGUCUCUUUCUCUGCCUCCGCCACAUCCACUUCGAAGUCUUCUGGUGAGGGAGAUGAGCCCCCAAAAGACGAGUCCCGGGUAACGCUUGCAUUAAAUAAUACUUCCUAUCAUAAGCUAUUUAAAAAUGGUAUUGAGUCAGUAGCUCCUAUAUCCUAUCUAUGA